AUUUUUAUUGUUUCCAGGUUUUCUACGACUGCACUUCAUCAAACAAAUGUAAAGCUGACUUGGGAUGAAACCGACCCUGGACGGCAAAGAGCAACCAUGAGGAAAUUCAAAAAGGAAGAUUUGCUAGAAAUGGAUUUUAAUGCAUACCUUGCUUCCUCAUCAGAUGAAGAGGAUAAACAAGAUGGUGAUGAAAAAAUGAAUGAAGAUCAGGAUUCUUCAGACAAUGAAGACAAGAAAAUUGACAAGUACAAGGUGAGAUGUUAGUAAGUUUUUUUUGCUGCUUCUCAAAGUCCUUAAGUGAAGAACCUGCCAGAUGAAAGAAACAAAAAAGAGAGCCCUAGAAUAUGUGGGAAUUCUGAGUUUUUAAGCUCUUGUAGUCUGUUUUUUUGAGCCUCUAUGUGUGAGUACUGGAGCAGAAGUAACCACAUGUCGUAUGUUGGGAAAUCGUGAGAAAAAUUCGGUGGGUUAUUUGCAAGUUUUUUUUAGUUUCUUCCAACAUUUCUGUUGUAGUUAACUUUUUAUCUCAGGUAAUUUUUAUUUUUCUUUUGUUUCAACUUCAUUAGCAUAGAUUACCAUACACCAAAACAAAAGAAAAACAAAAAUUAUCUGAGAUAAAAAAUUAACUACAACAUUUCUUUUUUCCUUUGGGUGAAGAUGUUGGCUAUAUGUUCAUCAGUUUUUACUCUAAGGAGAAUGGGUGCAAGCUUUGGGUGCUGUGAUUUCUGGGAUUGUUUUUGGGGUGGGCGAGGCAUUAGUUAUGAUUGGUCAGUGGUAGUCAAGGCAACCAUCAACCAAAUACAAGUAACGCUUGUCCAAAUGAUCCCAGAAAUCAUUGUGCCGAAAGCUUGUACCCAUUUCCCUUAAAGUUUCUGGAAUGAGGAGUAUGUGCUCACUGGGUCUGAAUGCCAAAAAGGUCUAUAGCAUUUAACAAUUAUUUUACUUCUCAGCUGAUCUUUUACGCCUUUUUGUUUAAAGCAAUUGCUGAGAGAGAUUGAAGAAAAAGAUCGCGAGGCUGACAGAGAACAGGAAAUAGAGAUCACUUGGGAACCAGGCCUGCAAGAAGCCACAGAGGGCUUGGUGACGAACAAGAUGAAAGAAAAAGAGAGAAAGGAAAUGACGCCAUGGGAAACAUACUUACAAAAUAAAAAAGACAAGAGAAAAGAGAAACAAACAAGAAAAGAUGCACCAAACAAGCAGUAAGUUACAAAUACUUCAGUAUGAUUUCCACUUUUACUCCCUCGGUGUGGAACAAGUAAAAAAAGUCAGAUUAGGUCCUUUAGAAACCAGUUCGUCAGUCUCUAUAUGGCCAAUUUUUUUUCCCAACAACUUUGUGGCAUCCAUUGCAAAACAGAAUCUAUUUGUGAGAUUGAUUUUUUGAAUUUGUUUAUCGUAUUACGACUUAAUUAUCAGAGGGUACAUAAGGUUUGGAGCUCUUUCAAUGUUGUGGUCUUAACGAUAGAUUGUUACUUAAAUGCAUGCGAAUCAAGCAGAAAAUGUAAACGAAGAUAUUCCCCUAACUCAACAUUUCACGAUUCACGUUUGAACCCGUUACAACUUAUUGACUGGAAAACGAGUUUAGCUUCGCAGGUGUCUAGAUAGCUUUUUUGAAACGUCUGAUAAUUAUCUUGUGUUGUGUUUCAGGAUAUCAGAGAAAGAGCCUGACGAAAGUGACAAGAUUUUCACAGAUGUUGACGUGUCAGAUCCUUUUUUCAGUCAAGAAAUUGAUUUUGGGUUAACCAAAGGUGACAAGGCAUCUGCUAAAACGAAGAAAAAUCGAAAACGAGCCGGGAAAGAAACUGAGGAGGAUAACAAAGCGAAGGUGAACGAAUAGUUAUUAAUCUUUUCGGUCCUAACAUUCAUCGGAAAAUCAUUGCCAACAUGUGCACAACUUUUUGCUCGAUAUCUGAAUUGUUGUAGAACCUUUCGCAGAAGUCUACCUCUACUGUUUGCACUAACGGUGCCUGCGAGUACAUAAUACCUUUUUUAUAAUUUCUACCAGCGUCGAGCCUUCAGUCGUUAAAAAAAAUUGCCUUACUAUCACACGUCUGUUUGAGCUCGUUGGAGUACGUAUUCGAUACUGCAGUGAUAGCAAGAAAUACUUUUAAGUUAUUAAACGCUGGUUUCAAAAAGUAGAAUUAUGCAGAAUAUUCUGAAGGUGUUUUGGGCAUUAACCAACCAAAUUUUAGUUCGCUCAAUUUUCAUGUUUUAAUUUAUUUUCCUGUUUUGCUUGAUUCGUUUCCAAUUUAAGGAGGAACUAGAAUUACUUUUAAUGGAAGACAAGGACGACCGACAGCAUUUUAGUCUGAAGGGAAUAAUGGACAGUGAAAAAAGGAAAAGCAAGAAGAGAAGGAAAAGAAAAGCAAACCAAGAAGAAAUUGUGGAUGAUAACUUUAACGUGAACUUGAAAGAUUCUAGAUUUGAUGCGUUGUUCACUUCACAUCAUUUCGCUGUGGACCCGUCAGAUCCCCAAUACAGGUAGGAUGUGUAAUAACUUGGGUGUCCUGUGUGGUACCUGAUGUGAAUUUGACAUUUAGCUACAGAUCUGUUGUCGGACCCUACUGCGCUUGCGCCGUGUUCCGCUGAGAGACAGUAGGCUCAUAAAUUCGAAGUGUUUCCGAAUAUCCGAAUAACACUCGAGUAUUCAAGACCAAAAGCGUUGCACAUGCGCAAAUUUGCGUAAUUGAUUGAGGCUCUGAGCACAAGCCUAAGCACAGGUCACCGCAGCGUAUUUUUUUUGAGGGAGCAAGAAAACAGCAGUACUCUUUUUCCAAUUUUCCUGUGGCACUUGAAGGAUUAACCUACGCGUGAUGAAACACUAAGAAGGUCUGCGUAGGCGAUUGAAGGAGGGGAGACAGUUAUUGUCUCUUAGCCUGAUUCCAUAGGAAUCAUCUUUAACAGACUACCUUGGCAAGUAGCCGCUAUUUUGCGCAACUUUUAUUGACCGGUGACUAGUGAUCUACUUUUGCAAAGAAAUUGUCAAUAAUAUUUAGAUAGCUGCUAAUAGAAGUGUCUGUUACUAGGAAAACUAAGGCUAUGGAAACCAUUAUUGAAGAGAGACAGAGAAGACGAGAGACUGAAGAGAAAACCGACCAGGCGAAAAGAGUAGAAGGUGAGUAA